AAAAGUCCGGCUGAUUUAAAAAUGAUGUCGUAAUCAGCAGAAAAAGAGAGAAACCGAGAAGGAUCUGGAAUCAGCACUCCUCCACACAAAACUUAAACCCCUUUGUCUCUCGUUUUCUUGCUUCUAAUUUUCAAAAUAAUCAGAAAUUGCUCCUUAUAUAUUCUUUCGUCUCUGUGAGAUUCACCUGCUGUUCUGUUGAAGAAGACUCGGAGUUUAAGAAAAAGGGUUUGAUGUUCCUUGUCGCUCAUGGUAAUCUUGUGACUAUGAACAUGAAUAGAGGCCAUGGAAGAAGCUGCUAGUGCAACGAGUUAUUGGUGCCACAUGUGUUCCCAAACUGUGAAUGCGGUGAUGAUGGAAGACGAGAUCAAAUGCCCCUUUUGUCGAAGCGGCUUUGUUGAAGAGAUGGAUGAGGAUCACCACUCUUCAGAUCGGAGAGCAACAACAACCACUUCUUCUAUCUGGGCUCCCAUCUUGAUGGAAAUGAUGAACAACUCUGCCACAAGGAACCAGACUGCUGAGUCUGUUGAGAAUGAAAACGGAAACGGUAGGGACUUGGAUUCCCAGCUUCAAGAAAUUCUUAGGAGAAGGGGAAGACGUUCUUCUGUUUCCGUUGUGCAGUUGCUUCAUGGUGUUCGAGCACUCCAACCUGAGAGUAGUAACAGAGAUGCUGAUGAUGAUGAUAACAACCAUCCCUCAAAUGGAGAGAGAGGGCGCUUGAUCGUCAUCAGUCCGCAUCAUCAAAUUAUAGCCGUCCCACGCUCUCUUGUUACGGAUUCUAUGCCUGAUGGUUCUUCUCUAAGCGACUAUUUCAUCGGUCCUGGAUUCGAAGCGCUGCUCCAGCGUCUAGCAGAGAAUGAUCCCAACAGAUAUGGAACACCUCCAGCUCGUAAAGAAGAUGUCGAGUCUUUGGCUACUGUCAAAAUCCAAGAGCCUAGUCUGCAGUGUUCUGUGUGUUUGGAUGAUUUUGAGGUUGGGGCCGAAGCUAAACAGAUGCCCUGCAAGCACAACUUCCAUGCUGACUGCUUGCUCCCGUGGCUUGAGCUUCACAGUUCAUGCCCUGUUUGUCGGUAUCAGUUACCUACAGAUGAGACCAAGACUACUGAUUCAGCAACAUAUGACAACAAUGGAGUUAAUGAGUCUUCUUCUGCUACAAGCAGCAGCAGCCAGGGAACUGAGAACAGCGAUGCAAACCGUCACGAAGGAGAAGGAGAAGAAGAGAACGAUGAUGGUAAUAGGAACGCAUUCUCGAUCCCAUGGCCGUUUAGCAGCUUGUUCUCGUCGUCGUCGUCUCAAGGCAGAAAUUCAUCGGAUUGAAAAAGUGUUUCCUGUGGCAACAGAAGCUUUUGAUAUGAUCAUGGAUGGGUUCAACCUUUAGCUGUGUUUUCUCUUUGACUGUAAAUAAGCUUUCUCAGAUUUGGUUCGAGUGUUACAAUUUGAAAAACAAAAGUCUUACGAAUUUGUGUUUUAUGUUUUGUACCACCACACCACUGUAGUAGUCCAUAGACUUUAAGAAACAGUGCAGUACCUUUGUUUAGUCAA